UCAGGAAUUGCAGAUCCUUUUGGUCGGCUGCUGGAAAACUGCUGCCUCCUCACCAACAUUUGGAGGCUUGAAAUUUGGCAUUGGUGGAAUCCUGUUCUCCUUUCAAGUCUUCUUACUGGAUACCGAGGAGUGAUGCGUGAUUAUUAUUUGCUGCCAACACACACCCUCCCCCAGCAACAGCUCAUCUUCUGCCGCAAACUUGAUGUAGACAGGUUCCUACAAAUUCUAAUUUCCACUGUGCGGGAUGCAAAGUAAAGUUAUCCAACAAAAACAAAUUUUUUCAUGAGCGCAGUGUCUGCGUCCAGUUCUUAACUCGUAUUUAUGGUUACCAACCUCUUCUCUACACCCAGUCUCGUACUGAUCCUGUGACUACUGAGAUCCCUUCAGUGAAUGAAUAUGGAAAAUGUUUUAAGCCGACCUGACGGCGUUUAAUAGCUGGCCAUCCCAGCACGCUUGUGAUUAACUCUAGAUAAACUCCCUAACUGCAUGGAUUCAUAAAACUGCUUACCUAAAAAGAU